GCCGCGCAUUCAUCGAGGACCUUCACUGGUGCUGCUGAAGCCUGGAGGCUCAGUUGGGAUUCAGCAGGAGCAGCGGCGGCAGACAGGAAAGGGGGGGGAAAAAAUAUUUAAGAGGGUAGAAGGAGGGAAAAAGAAAAGAAGGAACUGCUCGCCAGAUUGCAGCAGUUACUUAUUCAUUACUUAUCUAUUUAUUCAUUCUCAAACAACAAAAUGCCAUGGAGGAUUUGUUUUACGCAUGACAACUUAGAGUAACACCUCCAUCUCUUUUAUUCUCACUUCAACUGAACAUCAGUGAAUGUCGCGGAUGCGUCGUGGGCACCGGACCUACCCAGGGGUGUAGCCGCGGUGUUUCGGGUGCGUCUUUUUGCGCUGGCGGAGACCGCGAGAGCGCUCUGCUGUGUAUGAGAGAGAGGUGGGGGUGGUGGAGGAUCAGCCGGAGUGGCCGACUAGUCAGAAGGAUGCUGGAGGGCAAUGCCUACAGAAAGAGAGGAUGAGAUUUGUCGAAAGGCGCUGGAGCUGCUUUCCGACCUGUGCUCCAAGGGGGAGGUGCAGGACGACCACUGCCUGGAUUACAUCUACUACUUCAGGGACCUGGCCAGACCGCGCUACACGGACUCAGAUGUAUCGGUGAGCCUGUUGUCCCUGCUGGUGACCACCUGUGGUCUGGCUCUUUUCAGCGUCUCUCUCUUUGUCUCAUGGAAGUUAUGCUGGGUGCCACUGAGUGGCCGCUUCCUACCAGAUCUCCUAAAGGGAGUGCACUUCCUGGGAGGAGACCAACAGCCUGUCCUCACAGAGGUGGACGGGGACGAACGAGAGUACAGCGAGGAUGGCUGUGUAAAGGAGCCUUCAGGACCCCUCAUAGCUGUGGCUGUCCCAGAGUCGGGCCUAAAGAUAAGCCACACGUCGCCUGACAUCCCCCUGGAGAUCCAGACCAAGGUGGAGAAAAGCCAGGUCCACACUCUGGCACGGGACAGGGUCCAGAGACAGAUUACUGAGCCUACUUCGUCCGUACGACACAACUCCAUCCGACGUCAGAUGAACUUGUCCAAUCCGGACUUCAACCCUGCUCAGUUCCAACGCCAAGACUCACUCUCUGGUUUGGGCCGAAUCAAACCAGAGCUCUACAAGCAGCGAUCUGUGGACGCAGAAGAUGGCUGUUGUCCCGACGGCUGUGGGCGUCUCCUCUUUGUCCUAAAGUUUGACUUUGACCUAGAACAGCUGAUUGUGAAGAUCCACAAGGCGCACGACCUUCCCGCCAAGGACUUCACAGGAACCUCCGAUCCUUACGUCAAGAUCUACCUGCUGCCCGACCGCAAAACCAAGCACCAGACCAAGGUGCACCGCAAGACACUCAAUCCGGUGUUCGAUGAGGUGUUUCUCUUUCCUGUGGCGUACGCCGAGCUGUCAAGCCGCAAGCUACACUUCAGCGUCUAUGACUUCGACAGGUUCUCUCGUCAUGACUUAAUUGGUCAAGUGGUGGUGGACAACUUCUUGGAUCUUGCCGACUUUCCACGGGAGACUAAACUGUGCCGGGAUGUACAAUACGUGACCUCGGACAAUGUGGACCUAGGAGAGCUGAUGUUCUCAUUGUGCUAUCUCCCCACGGCCGGCAGGCUCACCAUCACCUUGAUCAAAGCCAGGAAUCUCAAAGCAAUGGACAUCACCGGUGCUUCAGAUCCGUACGUGAAAGUGUCCUUGAUGUGUGAAGGCCGGAGGCUAAAGAAGAGGAAGACGUCAACAAAGCGGAACACUCUGAACCCUGUGUACAAUGAAGCCAUUGUGUUUGACGUUCCUCCUGAGAACAUCGACCAGAUCAGUCUGCUGAUAGCGGUUAUGGACUAUGAUCGGGUUGGACAUAAUGAAGUGAUUGGAGUAUGCAGGGUGGGCAAUGAGGCAGAGACCCUAGGGCGAAACCACUGGAAUGAGAUGCUGUCGUACCCACGGAAACCCAUUGCACACUGGCACCCACUCGUAGAGUGGGUCGGACAGGGAGCGACAGGGACUAGAAGCCAAGGAGGGUCCACCAAUUCCCUGAAGACACCACCAUCGCCAUGAUCGCACACACACAUAGACAUACACACAGCCUCAGGGUGGUAGAAUGAUGAAGAUGAUGGACCUGCAGAUGACUGAAAUGUUAAUAAUAAUAUAGUGUUACUAACAAGCAACAACAGUAGAAGCAUCAGCUAAUAGCCAUUCCACUAAGCUGGUGUGCCAUUAGAUUGACAAGUUUAAGUGUGCUAAGACCGCUGCAAAUCCUCACAUCUUUUGUUCCUCUUCACAACCAAAAACCACUUUAACUACAUUCAAACUGAUCUACUAGAGUGCUUUUAAUUUGACAUUUUUGAGCUGUUGCUGACUGCUUUAGAGUUCGACCUUUUGAAACAUGUUUCGUGGACCAAAAAUCAUUAAUUUCUAGCUAGUGGUUGUGCUUUGUAUGAGUAAUUAACUUUAACAGAUGCAGUAAGAGUUGGACAGGUGAGAUUUAGAAAGGACAGACAGGGCAUCCCUGUUCAGCUCCCUUUCAACAUUUGUUUCAUGCAGACACGAUAAAAGGGGAUUUUCUUUAGUCAAAGUUUUAACUCUUUUUGGCAACUUUCUCACAGAACACUAUAUACAAAGAUGUAAAGUGAUUAGGGUUUGCUACGUCAAUGUUUAACGCAUUGCACAGACAGAACAAAAAAGGGGGUUUUAUUAACCACCUGUUAAAAUUGACAUACUUAGUUAACAGGGUGUGGUCAAAAUGAAGAAAACAGGUGUUGGUGGUGUCUGCAAAAUGGCCUUCUGGCUAAAGAGCAACUACUAAUGUUUCCCACUGACACAUUAGCAUGCACAAAACAUUCUGGUGUUUGGUCUGAGACCAUAUUCCUAUUAAAAUGUUUACAUGGCUAAUGCCAAUUAGUUUUCCCCUUUACAUUUAACUGUAGCUACUCUGAUAAACGUAAGCGAUGACAGAUUUUCCCGCUUUUUAACAUUUUGUAUUCAAUUUUUUCAAUGCCCUUCUUAAAGAGGUCAGUGUUUUGAAAUUUUCAGCAAUGUUGAUGUGCUUUCACAUCUUCAAAAUUCAUCUAGUGAAUACACUAAUACCAUAACUGAUGGUAAAGACAAAUCCAAGAAAAUAAAGUUUGAGAAAACAUUUAAUACUCCCUGAUGAGUGCAGAUGAAAAUAUGGUCUCACUUUCAACUCCAAUGGUGACGCUUUGUCAGCCAGUGCUUUUUGGCAUUUCUUUUCAGGUCAGUCGAUAGUUCACACAGACUUAUUUGUCCCCCGCUAGACAUGUCAGUUAUGGCCAAACACACUCUUUUCUUAAACUAAAAACCUAAACCUAAAAAAUAAAUUCCCUGCUGUUCAUCUUGAAAAGAAACUAUGCAUGUAUUGGGUCCUUUUGACGGGGGCUUUGGAAUCAUAAUAAAUACAUAAUAAUGACUAUAUCUUCCCCUUGCUGUGAAAUCUACUUGUAACAGGACUUCCUAUUCAUUUAGACCACACCCUGCUUUUGUUUUAAUAAAGCCAGUGUUUGUUGUUUUGAAAUUCAGACUAAUGCUAGUACUGUUUAUGUCUUUGUAUUAGACACUGUAACAAAUAGCAAUGGUAAUUUUGUGUGUGUUUGUAGGGUACACUGCAUGCAUCAUUUUUUAGUAAUUUUUUUAAAAUCUCUUCUGCGUAAACAUCAGAUGUAUUAUGAGCUUAAGAAAGAUUGUGUAAAUUGUCCAUUCAGAUGUUGUUAAUAAAUAUUUCUCUCUCUAUAUAUAAA